UGGAAAACCAGUUUCCUGCUGCAGCAACUGAAGCCUGUGCGACCCGGGGCCGCUGGAUCACAUGACAGAAGUACGCUGGCUAGGCUAGCGAGCUAACAUGCUAGCUUCGGUUGUCAAAACCGCUGUCAACAGCCACGAACGGUCGGAGUAGCCUGCCCCUAUCCAUAAGUAGUUGAAAAUUCGUCAAGUCUCUGGGCAUUGUAGAAGAGGACUUGUCUUCUUUUCUACUCACUCUCUUCAAGAUACUGAGUCAUUAAACUUCCACCUAAUAAGUCACAGUGGUUUUGGCAUCCUCAAGGCUCAUCAGGCAAGCAAGUCCUCCAUCAGCACAGGGAUAUCGACUGUUUGAGGUUGUGGACUCACAUGGGCAAGAUGGACAGGCGAUAAAUAAGACAUCAACUUCAGAGAACCCAAGUGUGCUUCAUCUUGAGGUCACGAACUGAUGGCUGGACAUUGUCCUUCAGGAUUUUUAGGUACAUGUUGAUUUCGUAAUGACAAGCUGCUGUGCAGAAGAUGUCCACGCUGUCUGUGACUGAUAUCCCAGAUGUUGGUCAUGAUGAGAGUAAGGUGUUUGACGGGGCCUCUGAGCUGCAGCUGGACUGCAUGGUUGAGGAGAGCAGCGGAAGCACCGCAGUGAAACAUGACGGCCUGCUGUCGCUAGCUGACCUCUCCCAGCCAGAUGACUUCCACGCCCCCCCUCGUAAUGGCCCUUCACUGACUGAGAUGAGCAGCCCUCUGCCGGUAGAGCCAAACGACAUCAAGCUGGAUCCAGCUGCAGGUGACACAUCUGCCAGCAUAGAUGGUCAGCCAGUGAAGAGAAAGAAGGGGCCUGCUCCAAAGAUGCUGGGCAAUGAGGUGUGCAGUGUAUGUGGUGACAAGGCCUCUGGUUUCCACUACAACGUGUUGAGCUGCGAGGGCUGCAAGGGCUUCUUUCGACGCAGCGUCAUUAAAAGUGCCCAGUACUCCUGCAAGAACAAUGGCCGCUGUGAAAUGGACAUGUACAUGCGCCGCAAGUGCCAGCAGUGCCGCCUGCGCAAGUGUCGGGAGGCAGGCAUGCUGGAGCAGUGUGUGCUCUCGGAGGAACAGAUUAGACUAAAGAAGAUGAAGAAGCAGGAGGAGGAAACGGCCCGCACGUCCACAGUGGUCACCCCCACACCUCCACAGGAAGCAGCCACACUGGAUCCGCAGCAGCAGGAGAUGAUUGAGAAGCUGGUGGCCAUGCAGAAGCAAUGCAACAAGAGAUCUUUCCUUGACCGACCAAAAGUGACACCGUGGCCACAGAGUCAGGAUUUGCAGAACCGAGAAGUGCGUCAGCAGCGGUUCGCCCACUUCACUGAGUUAGCCAUCAUGUCAGUCCAGGAGAUUGUGGAUUUUGCUAAGCAGCUUCCUGGUUUCCUGGAGCUCACAAGGGAAGACCAGAUUGCUCUGCUGAAGACGUCAACCAUUGAGAUCAUGCUGCUCGAGACAUCUCGGCGGUACAACCCUGCUAUUGAUAGCAUCACAUUUCUGAAGGAUUUCAGCUAUAAUAAGGAUGAUUUCGCCAAAGCAGGGCUUCAGAUUGAGUUCAUUAACCCCAUCUUUGAGUUUUCAAAAGGAAUGAAUGACCUGCAUCUGGACGAGGCAGAAUAUGCUCUGCUCAUUGCCAUCAACAUCUUCUCUGCAGAUCGGCCAAAUGUGCAGGAUCACGAUCUGGUGGAGAGGCUGCAGCAACCCUAUGUGGACGCACUGCGCUCUUACAUCAUGAUAAAGAGACCAAAUGAUCACUUGAUGUUUCCCCGUAUGCUGAUGAAGCUGGUGAGCCUUCGUACACUAAGUAGCGUCCACUCGGAGCAGGUCUUUGCACUUCGCCUCCAGGACAAGAAGCUUCCCCCGCUGCUCUCUGAAAUCUGGGAUGUCAAUGAGUGACUGCAGACUCGAUGUCACACUCCGUGGCUUUACGAAGUCUGAGGCAGAGAUGGCAUCCAGCAGGAACACUGACUCCUUUCUGGUCAAGGAUUGGUUAAAGAUUGAGAUUUUAUAUUCUGGAGGGAGAAGGGCAUCAUUGCCCUUUGCUCUCAGACAGACUGCUCUAUGGUUUUGUGUUUUGUGUUCAUGAGGACAAACAUGAACACCUAGUUUUCUUUGAGCCUUUUGUUGUUCUUCCUUUUGUGUAGAUGCUGAAAUGAUUGUGGCGAUAUUAAAUACCAGCAUCGGGCUCUUUUGCCAGUUAUUUCUGAUUUAAUAUUUGUUGAAAGUUAAGUCAAUCUCUAGUGCAGUUCUAUACUCAUCCUCUAACAAUUAUCAGAGCGUUCUGAUCUGAGCAGGUCUUAGCUGUGGCCGUCGGACAGCUGAACAUUCAGUUUAAAUGGUGAUGAUUUUUUUUUUUUUUUUUGCAGCUGUGCAAUAGGUGGAAAUGGAUACAGAGUUGGGCAUGAGCAGAUCCAUAUCUGCUGUUCACUUCAUUGAUGUUGAGGUGAAAUGAUAGGCCAUCUGGUUGGCAUUGUGCGUUGUGAUAUGGCAACAAGUACUUUGUGUUCCUUUUUAGAGUAAGUUCAGAAAUCAAAAGGUUGGUGUAGUCGCUCAGGUAAAGUAAUGUGAAGUAGACCUCUGGGAAUUGGAGGCAUUUUAAAUUUCUAUUAGGUUACUUAAGUUUUCUUCAAAGUGCAUAAGGGACCCUUUUGGUCAUUUAUAGAUGCCCAUAAACUUUCAUGUAAAUUGUAUAUUUAUUUUCACAGGAAAAAUGUAUAGAGUGCACACACAAGACGUAUCCACAGGAUUGUACAAUCACAUACUAACGCACAAGAAAGUAAAACUGCAGGUGAACGGCAGACUGUGCCCUCAUUUACAGGAAAUGGUGAUGGUGGUUUUUUUUUUUUUUUUUUUUUUACACAGCACUGGUACCUUGAAAUAGGUGGUCCUAAAGUGUCUUCAAAUUCUAUGUAAAGAUGAACUGUUGGUUAAAAAAGGAAGUCAGUCUACCGUCUCUGUGACCCCCCCAUUCCGGAUGAAUAAAAACCCUUACUCACAAAUCAAAAUAGAAAGGAUCACAUCUAUUAACACCUUAUUCCUCAUUAUGUGUAUGUGAGAUGUCCGUUUAUUCAUUUCAUUACAAGACAGCGCAGUUAUUUUCACAUUUUUAUUUGUGAUUUUUAUCCCGUGCAGUAUGAUAAAUGUACAAGCUUGAAUAGGAUACAGAGAAUUUCUCACCCUUUUAUUUUUGAUAAUAUACUGUAUGAUUGAUACUGAGGAAAAACAAAAUGUAAAACUGAAUAUACAGUGGAAAACUAACCUGAAGGCGUACCAUAGCCUGAAAAUCUUCCUUGAGUGGUUAUUCAGCACACACAGCUUUAACUGGUCAGAUUUUGGAAAGCCUUACAAAGAAGAAAUAUACCAAAUUCUAUAUUAACAGGGAGCAGAGAACAACAGGAAAUGAGUAGAAACAUUAAAAUUUUAAGUUAUAAUGAACAUUAUAACUAGAGAGAUCUAGAUGUUUGUAUUCAGGCUGUUUUUUCGUGCACUCUCCUGUGCAGUGUAAACUUGAUAUGCUGCGUAAUAGCUGAUAAAGGAAUGUCAAUGUAAAUUCACAGUUGUGAAGUUUAUUCUGGCUUCAUACUUACUUUGUGUCUACAAGGCUGAAAACUGGACAAAAUAAUGUCAUUGCAGCCCUUUUUUGAAAAUGACAGUAAUUUCAUUAGCUGCCUGUGUAGCCAUUUCCGGGUAUGACCAUUAGACUUGCAUAACCACAGAUGUAAAAUGCUGCUUGCUCUUGCUCACAAAUGUUUUCAACCAUUUCACCUUUUUAUGGGGUACCAGUUAAAAUCAGAAGUUAUACCUUAUUGUGAAUCUUUUUACCAUUUUCGACUACAGUUUCUUAUGGCUUUUGAUUAAUAAAAUUGCAUGUACCAUCUCACACA